GAUACAAACAAAUUUUUACCCCUCUGCAGAAGUUCGUAAACCUUAUUAAACGGUUCAUGACAAUUUGUUCUGAACUUCAGAUUCUGAUUUUUUGCUAAAAAUCACAUUGGGUGAAUUUAAAGAAAAAAUUUCAUACAAGAAUUUAAAAAGAUGCAACCUCAAAUAAUUUUGUUGAAAGAAGGUACAGAUGCAUCUCAAGGAAAACAACAAGUAAUAUCAAAUAUAAAUGCAUGUCAAGUGGUUGUAGAUGCUGUGAGGACCACGUUAGGUCCUCGUGGUAUGGAUAAGCUUAUUGUAGAUCAAAAUUCUAAAAGCACUAUUUCUAAUGAUGGUGCUACUAUAUUAAAACUAUUAGAAAUUGUACAUCCUGCAGCUAAGACAUUGGUAGACAUUGCGAAAUCUCAAGAUGCAGAGGUUGGCGAUGGUACAACCAGUGUUGUUCUAUUAGCAGGAGAAUUUCUGAAACAAAUGAAACCAUUUAUCGAAGAGGGUGUGCAUCCACGUAUCAUAAUCAAAGCUUUGCGUCGUGCUUUACAACUUGCAAUUGAGAAAAUCAAUGCAUUAAGUAUUAAAAUGAAUAAAGAUGAUCUUAAAAAUCAAGAAAACCUCUUGAAAGAAUGUGCAGCCACUUCUAUGAGUUCAAAAUUAAUUCAUCAGCAGAAGAAAUAUUUUAGCGAAUUAGUUGUCAAAGCUGUUAUGAUGUUAGAUGAUUUAUUACCUUUAAAUAUGAUCGGUUUUAAGAAGGUAUCUGGCGGAGCUUUAGAGGAUUCAGAGUUAAUUGAAGGUGUUGCAUUUAAAAAAACUUUUUCAUACGCUGGAUUUGAAAUGCAACCUAAGAACUAUUCCAAUUGCAAAAUUGCUCUAUUAAACAUUGAAUUAGAACUUAAAGCAGAGAGAGAUAAUGCGGAAGUUCGUGUAGAUAAUGUUGCAGAAUAUCAGAAAAUCGUUGAUGCAGAAUGGAAAAUUUUAUAUGAUAAACUUGAAAAGAUUUGGCAAAUUGGGGCAAAUAUAGUAUUAUCGAAAUUGCCGAUUGGAGAUGUAGCGACACAAUAUUUUGCCGAUAGAGAUAUGUUUUGUGCUGGUAGAGUUCCAGAUGAAGAUUUAAAGAGAAUAAUGAAAGCAUGUGGAGGAAGCAUUUUGACUACUAUACAUGAUAUCAAAGAAUUAGAUCUUGGAGAUUGUGGUCUCUUUGAAGAAAAGCAAAUUGGCAGCGAAAGAUUUAAUGUACUCCGUAAAUGUCGUAAUGCUAAAACUUGUACAUUUAUUUUACGUGGCGGAGCAGAACAAUUUUUAGAAGAAACGGAAAGAUCUCUUCACGAUGCAAUUAUGGUAGUAAGACGUAUGGUAAAAAAUGAUGCCAUUGUUGCCGGUGGUGGGAGUAUCGAAAUGGAAUUAUCAAAAACUUUGCGCGAUUAUUCCCGUACAAUUGCAGGGAAAGAACAGUUACUAAUUGGUGCAUUGGCAAGAGCUCUUGAAAUUAUACCUAGACAAUUAUGUGACAAUGCCGGUUUUGAUGCAACAAAUAUUCUAAAUAAAUUGCGACAGAAGCAUCAUAAAGGCCUGUAUUGGUAUGGUGUUGAUAUAAAUUCUGAAGAUAUAGCUGACAAUAUGGAAGCUUGUGUUUGGGAACCUGCAGUAGUUAAAAUCAAUGCUUUAACUGCAGCAACCGAAGCUGCCUGUUUAAUUUUAUCUGUAGAUGAGACAAUAAAAAAUCCAAGAAGCACUAAUGAUUCUGAAGGUCGUGGAAUGGGAAGACCAAUGUAAUAUGUCAUUACAUUGGAGAAGAAAACUAAAAAAAAUAAACAAAGAAUUUUAAUCUUCAUGUACUACAGUAAAUAUUCUGUUGUACUUAUUAACAUUGAAAGUUUAACAACUAUAUAUUAUUAAUUUUACAAAUUAAGAUUUGAUUUGUAUAUGAUAUUUUUCAGUUGCAGCAUACAAUAAAUACAUGAGCGAUAUUACUUAAA